UUCUUUCAAGGUUCUUUCAGAGACACCUCUAAACAGUUAAAACAGCAGUCAUGCCGAAAUCUGUUUUUCUUCUCUUUCUCCUGCUGGCAGUUACAGAAGCAGUGAAGCAUCACAAAAGCAAAAUUCAGCGGUUGAAGAAACAGGACUUGAUGGCAAAAAGACAAACUGCAACCUGUGAAGCAGGUUCAUUCGCAUGCACUUCCGGUGAGUGCAUUGACCAGGCCUGGACGUGCGACACGGAGCCCGACUGUGCCGACGGGUCUGACGAAAAAAUUUGCCAGUGCGUGUGCAGAGGAGAACACAAGUUUAAAUGCAAUAAUGGACAUUGUAUUGCCGCGAGUUACGUGUGUGAUCAAGAAGACGAUUGUGAGGACAACAGCGAUGAACUCAACUGCCACCUAAGGACCUGUAGACCUGACCAGGUGCAAUGCGCCAACGACAGGUGCAUCCACGACACCUGGCUGUGUGAUGGCGACGACGACUGUGGCGAUGGCUGGGACGAGAGUAACUGCGGAAUCUCGUGUAGCGAGGACAGCUUCCAGUGCACUAAUGUCACUCGAUGUGUCCUGACCGACUAUUUGUGUGAUGGCGACGAUGACUGCGGCGACGGGAGCGAUGAGCUGGACUGUGACCAUGAGUGCAACACCACCGACAACUUUCUGUGCACCAACGGCAAGUGCAUUCCCAUUGCAUGGCGGUGCGACAGCGACGACGACUGUAGCGACUCGUCCGACGAGCUUGACUGUCCUACUUUGCACCCAGGCGGGUGUAGCGAUGUCCUGACUCUGCGAGGUGUGCACUGAUGAACGAUACCUCUGACCCCAUCUGCCUCGACUUUGACCUCAGCUCCAAGUACUGCCGCAAGUUCUGCAAAACCUGCACGGAGGAUACAGAAAACUGAAAAAUACUGAGACUACGCAGUGGUUAAAUAAAUUUUACUUAUUUUAAAA